GGAACUCCAUUUACUUCCCGUCAAUCUCCCUCCCCCCUCUAUUAUCUACCCAACCGCAUUUCAUUUCAUCCAAUUGUUCUCUUGUUCUCUCUCUCUCUCUCUCUCUCUCUCUCUCUCUCUCUCUCUCUCUGUAUUCUUCCCACCCUCGUUUCUGUCCCUUGCCUUGAGAAGAAAUGGCGGCUGAUGUAAGCUCUCUGGUUCGGAUAAUGAAAGGGUACAACAAGGAGGAUAAGCAGGUGGUGAAUGAUUCAGGGAAAUCGACGGCCCUGAUUACUCAGGAUUUUCUUGGUGGGUGUGGUACCAUCGACUCCAAAGAACUCGACCUCGAUUUGCAGGUCCCCACCGGCUGGGAAAAGCGUCUCGAUUUGAAGUCAGGAAAAGUGUACCUUCAAAGAUGCAACUCUCCAAACUCAUCCUCUUCAUCGGAUCAUAAGAGCCAACAGUCCAAUGGAACAGUUCCAAAGCUUCAAGACCUAAACUUCCCACCAUCAUCUAAACAGCCUCUAAACCUCUUUGAGGACACCAACUUAGACCUAAAGCUUGUCUCAUCAUCGGCAAGUUACCAAAGCGUAUGCACGCUGGACAAGGUAAAAUCCGCGCUCGAAAGAGCAGAGAAAGAAACAAUCAAGAAGCGGUCCAUGUCAGUUUCCAUAUCAAAUUCAUCAUCUCCGCCAUCUUAUAAUUCCUCUUCAACCAAAGAAACCAAGAUGGAGUACGAUGAGAAAUCAUCGUCAUCGUUUGCUGCUGCCUGCCCUAGUUGCCUCCUUUACGUGCUGAUAUCAAAAAGCGAUCCUAAGUGCCCUCGUUGCCAUACUUUUAUUCCAUCACCAAUUCCCAUGAAGAAACCUCGGAUUGAUCUUAAUAUUUCGAUAUGAGAAGUUGAGGUGAACCUUUUAUGUUUGCAUUGAAUUGUUUUGAUUUUUGUAAAUGUUAGAAGAUAGUUAAGGGAAAGAAAGGAACGGUAUAUAUAUGUUUAAAAAGGGCUGGUGUCCUCUAUUGGAAAUAGGAAAAAAGUCCAAGUUUUCAUA